UGGUACACUCUCCAAAGUGUUGAACCUCUCAAAUACUGAAUUGGAUCAAUUAGCAGAUUUUUUAGGACAUGACAUACGUGUCCACAGGCAGUUUUACAGGCUUCCAGAGGGGACUUUGCAGCUUGCAAAGAUUAGCAAGGUCCUUAUGGCUUUUGAGACGGGACGUCUUUCCGAGUUUAAGGGGAAAAGCUUGGAUGACAUUACCAUCGAUCCUGAUGAUAGGGUUGAAGGUGUUGGAAACGAUGAUUUGGAUGAUUUGGAUGAUUUGGAUGAUUUGGAAGGGGGAAAGUUGAGGAUGAUGGAAACAGUUGAGGAUGAUGGAAACAGUGACAUGGAUGAUGAGUCUGGAGGUGGAGAUGAUGCACACCCAGAGCACAUGACACAUGGAGCGACCCCGCUUCGCACACGCCACAUGGCAAAGAAAAGAAAUGAAGGUGAAGUCACAGAGACAGACUGCGUGGGAGAGAGGGUGAUCAGAUCAUGUAAAGUACGCAGACCUGUCCAGAGGAAAAAAUGGCAGCCUGAAGAAAUUCAUGCUGUUGAAAAACAUAUGAUGAACUUUAUUAGGACAUGUCAUGUGCCUGGUAAAGCUGAUUGUGAUGGCUGCCUGAAAUCAGAGCCUCUUCAUCUGAAAGACAGAGAUUGGAAGGCCAUCAAGUUUUACGUAAAAAAUCGAAUCGAUGCUCUCAAGAGAAAAUCUUAAGAAAAAAACACACAGAAGACAUACUCUGUUAAAAUACCUCUGUUAAUGUUUGUGAUG